UGGUGCCCGGAAUCAGAAUCCUGAAACUUUUUACUCAACCCACAAACGACUGCAUAGCAUACGGGAGCAGGAACUGGCAGACGACGAUUUCAAUCCACUUGUCUGCACAGACUCCGCAUUGCGCAGAGUUUCAUGCUCAUAUACAUAUACGGGCGUUUCGCGUUCGGGAAGUUGCCUGCUCAGACUGCUGAACACGAACAUCUCUGAAAACAAUUUUAAUUUCGCAUCUUGUUAUUAUCACUGUCUCCCAGGUCGAAGUAUGACUUCCUGCUCUCAUGUUGCCGAAAUCUGA